CGGAAGGAGCCGUUCCUAGAGAUUUAUAAGGCAGCGCGGAGCCUCAGUAGACACGUGCGCGUCGGAGUAACGCUUAUCUUUAAACAGAAGCGGAAGUACAAGUGUAAAACUGUUUAAAAAUAGAUGUGAGCCUGUUGGGAAACAAACGGUGGGAUGUGCUGUGAAAAUUCGCGCUCGUAAAAAUAACUGUUUUGUGUGUCGUCGUUCCGAAUCGCGCUACACACACACACAGCGUGUAACUAACGAUACGGGAAUCGAACGGGCCUUUGACUUUAAGAAACAAACAGAAGAAGCGAACGGACACGUCACACGACGAUGAGGGCUCGCCGAUGACUGCUUCUCCUAGCCUAGCUAGUGAUGCUCAGGUCGUUCCGCCUGUACAGCGUUGCGCGCAGAGCGCUCUGCCUCGCUAGCGGAGACAUGGCCAAGGGGAAGUUCUUCUACGCGGUUCGGAAAGGCUCGAAGCCCGGUGUUUAUCGCACAUGGGACGAGUGUAAGGUCCAGGUGCUCAAGUUCCCUGCCGCCAGCUACAAGAAGUUCUCCUCGGAGAAGGAGGCCUGGGCCUUCGUCAGGGGAGCGCAGGAAGCCGCGGGUCCGACAGCCUCGCGCGCUGCUGCUCCUGCUGCUGCUGGUAGCGUUGGUGAAGCAGGGACUUCCUCGGGAUCAUCUAAAGCGGUCCUUCCAGCAGCACUGCCUGUAGGGAAAAGACCUGGUGGAGAUUUAGCUCAUGAAGUGCCUCUCAAACGGCGGAAAUGCAUACAGGAAAUUCCAAUCUACACGUGUGCAGCUGCAGAUACCAGGGAUGGAUUUUCCUACAUGGGUGAUGCAGUGGUGGUGUACACGGACGGCUGCUGCUCUCGAAAUGGAAACCGUGGCGCCCGAGCUGGGAUUGGGGUUUACUGGGGACCAGAUCAUCCUUUAAAUGUAGCAGAGAGGCUGCAAGGAAUACAGACCAACCAGAGAGCAGAACUGCAGGCAGCCUGCCGAGCCCUGGAGCUGGCCAGAGACAUGAAUAUCAAGAAACUCGUCCUUUACACCGACAGCAUGUUUACUAUCAAUGGUGUUACAAACUGGAUCAAAAACUGGAAAGCAAAUGGAUGGAAACUCAAGUCUGGUGGCUCGGUCAUCCAUAAAGUAGAAUUUGAAAAACUCGAUAAGCUAAACUCAGAAUUGGAAGUAAUAUGGCUUCAUAUCCCUGGCCAUGCUGGCUAUAAAGGGAAUGAGGAGGCGGAUCGCCUGUCGAGAGAGGGCGCAUCGAAGCCAUUGUAGCAGACGAGAAAAUCGCUGUGUCUUACACCCACAGAAGUCAUACUUUGCUUUGGCUUUCUCAUAAUUGCAUAUUUUCAUUUGGCUAUUAUUGAGCAUGACACACAGGGUCACUGUUGUCUGUUUUUGGCUUAUUUUACUUUGCAAGAUUUGCUUGAAUCCCAAAUCUAGUAUUUGGAUGCUAUUUAUUUUGGUAAUGUAAAUAUUUCUGUGCAUAGAAAUACUGUCAGCAGAAGCUGUAAUUUGUUUUUGAUGUAAAUAAAAAAAAAAAAAAAA